AUGGAAUAUUCAUGGGUUCAAUUGAGUCAUUUACCUGAUGAAAUUCUUAUGAUUAUUUUUAAAAAAUUGCAUAACAUCUGGCUACUUUACUCGUUAAUUGGUGUUAACAAACGAUUAAAUAGAAUAGCACAUGAUUCUAUUUUCACGAAUUGUUUGACUUUGCUAAGAUUUCUACCAGUUCCUUUAAUUGUGUUCUACGCUUUACCAAGAUAUUUAGUUUAUCCAUUACCUGAUCCAAUAAUUGAUCCAUUUUGUUUACAAAUCUUACCUGAAAUUCAUAAUAAAAUUGAAUAG